ACAUCUCCUCACUCAAACAUGCACAUGGUGGCGUCCAUGUUUUUCGAAAAAAAAUAAUGAGUAGGAGGAAAUCUACAACUUAAUUUGUCGCUGUAGCGACCGAUUUUCUAGAUUGAUACUUUUUUUCUCGACAAAUUACAGAAUGUCAGAAGAAAGUCCAGCACCAAAAAGGGUGCGUCUUAGCAAUGAAGAGAUGACAUUGCUAUCUAAAGAAGAUAUGAUAGCAAAAUGGAUGGAAUUAGAGAUGUACACAAAUGAACUUGAGAAAAAGCAGACUGAGGCCUAUUGUGGAGGAGACAUGAGUUCAUUGGAGGAGAAGUGGAAGCAACAUCAGCUGGAAAGUUCACGGAAAGAGAAGGUGUUGGUAAUGAGACUGACAACCAAAGAGCAGGAAGUUCAAGAAUUAUCUGACUUGAGCAAGGCACAGAACCCAAGUACCACUCAACUGCAGAAUUCACUACUAGACCCAGCUAUCAACCUUCUCUUUCAAAGAAUGAGAAAAGAGACGGAAGACAGCAAAACCAAACUGCAGCAGGCAAACGAUGACAUGGCUGCUUGGAAAUUCACUCCAGAUAGUCAAACCGGUAAACGCUUGAUGUUGAAGUGUCGCACGCUACUGCAGGAAAAUCAGGAUCUUGGCAAACAGAUUUCAUCAGGGAAAACUGCUCAACUAGAGGCUGAGCUAGCAUUGCAAAAAAAGUACAGCGAAGAGCUUAAAACAAGCCAAGACGAAAUGAAUGAUUUUGUGAUUGAAUUAGAUGAAGAGGUAGAAGGUAUGCAGAGUACAAUAUGCACUCUACAGCAACAACUAAAAGACUGCAAAGCAGAACUGGCCAAGUACAAAAGCCAGUGUACUCUAGAGACACCAGUUAACUCUAAUGGACACAACAUGGCGAAUACUGCCCCCUCUGACCACCAACAAACAUACAGAGAUGAUGCUUACUCAUUAAACACAGCUGCAAUAUCGGCAGAAAAAUACAAUGCCCCCAUAAGAACGGAUUCAGGACCAUUCACAGUUAGUACGUUUACAUCAAAUCUAAGUGUAGAACUUGAGGGAACUGAGGGGCAAGAUGAAAGCUAUAGGACUACACGCUCUACUGAAUACCCCAAUACUGCCAGGCCUGGAGACACGGUGGACAAGAAAAUGUCUGCAGGUGUCCAGGAAAAUAACCCUGAUGAGAACCAAGACUCAGAAUUUGACAGGGAGCAGUUUUUCAAGAUUGAAAACCAAGAAGAGGUUCAAGAAAAGUACGGAUGGGAAGGCGAUGACGAGGAAAUUUUGAGAAUCAAUGAAGGAAAGAAAUUGAAGAUAGAAUAUGUUGAUGAAAGUCCAGGUGAAGACAGUAAAACAGCUGAUGAAGAUCAAGAACCUGAUGAACAGGUGCAAGAUGGUGUUGAAAAAUUUAGAACUGACUCACUAAUUGAUGUCAGAAAUAAUGUCAACGAUGAUAAUGAUGAUGACACAGGUAAUGAAACGCCAACUUAUGGCGAGUUGAGUGAUACAGAACAAAAUAACAGGAAACACACAGACACUGACCAACUUCUUGUCUGUAAAAUAGAAUCAACUUAUAAACCUAACAAUAUUUUGACUGUGGACCCCAUACAGAAAUCCUUACCCAAUGAUGUGGAUGAGGAUGAUAUGAAAGAAUUGAGGACAGACUCACCUGUAAACGGCAGGGCUUUAAUACAGCACUCUGCUAUUCCCUUAGACUCUGCCAAAAUCUCACUAGUUGACUGUUACUCUAGUGAUGACGGUGGAGGCUCAGUAGAACUGUCCACAACAAAAACCACAGUCAAUCUUGAACACAACGGUCUUCAUAAACUUUCUGAUGAAAGGGAAGACGAAUGUAUAGAAACAGACUAAAGAAAUUUCCGUCAGCUUUUGGCUUGCGGAGUACAUCACAAUUGUUAUGUGUUUAGAAUGUGAGAUAUAUUAGAUUACUUAAAGAAUCCGUAAUUGUGUAUAUAUCCAAAGUAGUUUUUACUGUACUUCUUCCUGUGAUGAUUGUACUCAGAUGUUUUUAAAACUGAUCUUUUUCUACUUUUUUUGUUGAAAUGUUAAAAAGACUGCGAUGCUUUGGGCCAUCCGAAGUGAACAAUAAUUACAUAUCUAUAACCCUAAUUUUUUGGACAGACUGAUAUGGCUUUGUUGAACAUUAAAAAAUAGAAUUUGUUUGGGAUAGAACGGUUUGAGAUAUUGUGCUGAAACUAAGUGCAAAAGCUCUGAAUUACUAACUCACGAAAGACAACACCAUUUACAUUUUGAAUUAGAUUUAGAACAAGUCAACGUUACAGGUUCUUUAAUAAUAUUUCUUUUAUAAGGUACAGACUUCCCCGCUCAUUUAUAUCCAACUUAGUAUACAAUCGGAAUUUUAUUUGCAAGUAAUUCCACUCAAGUAGAGGAAUUGUAGACGCUGGUGUAUUUGUUGCAAGUGGUGACUUCUAAAUUAAUAAUUGCUUAUUGAUUUAUUUCUACCCAGUUGCUACAUAGAGUACAGUGAAUUAUGAGAUAACCACUCUUGCAUCUAAAGCCGGGUACUCGCUGCAUUGCACGACGAAUCCACCUCUGCUUCCGGCGAGCGAUAGACUACGUAACGCCGUCUACUGAUUGUCAUUGGCAGUCUGAACGGAUCCUUAUUUAAAAAAGCGAUCCGUUGGCUCCACGCCGUCUCGUGCGUCCGUUGUUGCGUCGCCGUUACGUGUAGUGGGUACCCGGCUUUAGGCCAGGCACUCGCAGCAUCGGCCGAUGAAUCUCUCUGUGAGCGCUAAGACGACCCGACAUCUGUUGAUCGUUGGUGACAGUUGGAAUGGAUUGUCAUUAAAAAUGAUCAGUAGAACGUGCUGUGGCGUUGCAUUCUCCAUCAUGUUAGCCGUCGUCAGCAGUGAGUGCUUGGCUUCAAACCUCUGGUCAUGGUUUGGUUGUCUUGGUUAGUUCUAGGAUAUUGUUUGGUCCCUUUUAUUUUUUGGAAAUUUUAAAAACUUUUAAUGCAAAGUGCAGUACAGUACAUUAUUUUGCAAAUAUACCGUAUAUCCGCACAAAUAUUUUUGUUUCCUACGUAGCAAAUUUUAUUGCAAAAUUAACAACUCAAAUGUCCGAGAUAUGAUUUUAGUCAUCCGAGCGCUCACUAACAUUAAAGCUAAUUUAUAUCCUGACUAGGCCUCCAGUGCCCUUCCAUGCAAAACAAAUAUAAGAAAAACAUACUUUGCGACAGUUUUAAGCUGCCAGCACUUCCGAAUUAUUGAAUUAAAUAUCAUGUUUCUACUGUUUUUGCCAUUUUUAUUUACCGGUAAAUAUAAUAAUACAAGAAUUUAUUCAACACCUUUAGAAAAGGAAUACAAGACACUACCAAUGUUGUCAUUGGAUCUAUUGUCAAUCACCAACCAUCUCUACUCCUUGGUGAAUAUACCUAGUCAUGCACAUAGACUGACAAUUCAGUGCCACAUCAUUGUAACAGGUACCUGUUUAUACUGCUGGGUAAAAGAGACUAAUGGCGGAUUCAAAGGCAGGAGCCCGGGUCCCUACAAAAUUUUUCAAAAUUAUAUUGACAUUUUGCGUGCGGAUAUACAGUAUAGUAAUAUUAUUAUUGGAUAUAUGAACUUUACAAAUACUUUAUAGCAUUUAUUUCCAUGGUAAAAAAUAGAAAGAGAUGCGUACUGUACUGUCUUUUAUGUUCCAGCCAAAACUGUCAAAAAGCAUACCUUUUUAAUUAAUAUUUCUUAAUUAGAAAUAAAACUUUACAUUCUUUUGUAUGUUUUUUUUCACCUAAUAAUUUGGAAUAAGAUAUAUCAGGAAGGAAAACCUGCUGAUUGUUCGACUGACGCAAGUGUUCUUUAUCUUCUAUCAUGAAAUUUAAUUAUUGUGUUUUUAUGAUUUUUGAAUAUCGUUUUGUAUGGUGGUUAAUGCACAUACAUAUGAUUUUAAACACAAAAUAAAAACGGCUGUCAGUGAUGGUA